CCAAUGACAUCAGCUGCCUCCCCAUGGCAACUAGAGGCAGUAGUAAAAUUCCCAGGCAACCUUUUGAGUCAGACGAUGCCAAAAAAGAGCAGGUUGGAGAAGAGUCGUUAAAGAAAGCGGAUUUUUUUUUAAUUGGCUAACGACGGCCAGGGAUGCGCCUCUGGAGUGGAUGGACAGAUGCGUGGUGCUGUGUCCUUUAAGGAAAAGAUUUGAGGCUGUGUCUGCUUUGUUCCCAGUAGAAGGAAGGUGGAUUGACCUUCGCUGAUUGCCUGGAGAGAAGUAACUCAGCAGGUGUUCUGUCUCAGGAUGAGGAACCAUCUCUGGAUUGCACUCCUGAGCUCUGUCUUCACAUCACUUGUUUGUGGUGUAAGAAUGGGGAGCCUGCAGCCUGUGUAGGGGUUCCAGCACCCCAUGAUUCAUUGCAGUCUUCUGGGACACAGAUUUAUGAAAUGCAAUGCAGUGCCAUCUGAUGAUGAAACCUCCCGCCAUCAACAAAGUGCCUUGACUGAAAACCUGAAUUCACCAGCUGGGAAGUGAUUUCUAAUCUUAGGAGCAGCGUUUCAGUCUGAGAUCAUGUUUCGAAAGAAGAAAAAGAAAAGACCGGAGAUCUCUGCUCCUCUGAACUUUCAGCAUCGUGUACAUACCUCCUUUGAUGCCAAGGAAGGGAAGUUUGUUGGCUUACCUGCACAAUGGCAAAAUGUACUGGAUACCCUUCGACGUCCCAAACCUGUAGUGGACCCUUCCAGGAUCACUCAAGUGCAGCUAAAGCCUAUGAAGACUGUUGUCCGUGGUAGUACCAUCUGCUUGGAAGGAUAUAUCUCAGGGAUAUUAAAUGACAUUCAAAAACUUUCUGCAAGCAGUUCCAACACCCUGAGAGGACGAAGCCCUUUGACGAGAAGGAGAGCUCAAUCUUUGGGAGUUCUAAGUGAGGAAAGGCUAAACAAUGGACAGUAUAUUAUUACAGAGCAGAACAUAUCGGACAAGUAUGGCAAUUAUGUCAACUGUAAUGGUAACUCUAAGGCUAUCAGGCGGCAGACUAUGUGGCCUGAUUACAAACCUACAGAGGACAGCCCAUCCAAACCCAAUGGUCCUGUUUGCAAAGCAAAGUCUCUAGAUCCUGGAGACUUUCAGGAUACAGUGGAUCAUAUUUCCCAGGCCAAAACAACACCUGGUAAUCUUCACAAAAUCAUAAGUGGAGGUCGUAGCUUUGAUGAAACCACACGUGCACAUACAUCAACAAGGAGACAGUUAUCCCACGAAACACUCCUAGAAGAAGGACCUGUGCCAAAACCCGCAGAGAACAUUUCAAAACUUGAACAUCUACAGAGUUAUUUCACAUCCUCAGUUGAUGGGAAGAGUUCAGAAGAGCCUAUUCCAGCACAAAAGAUAAAGAAUGAGGGCUAUCAGAGGCCCUUAUUGACGGCUCGGGGGAUUUUGACUAAAGCGGCUUCUCUUCCACCAGACCAUUUAUCUCCAGACUUUUCUAGGGUAAUUUCAGGGACACCAUCAGAGCGGAUCUCCCCUCUUCGACCUAGUAGACCUUCUCCAGCAGGUUCUCCUCGCAGCCGUCCCAUCCAGACCAGCUCCUCCAACCUCCAUUUGUGUCAGGACUCCUUCAACAAGAACGUAUUAGCUAAUCAGGACACUACGGUAGUGACUCAUGAACAAUUCAAAACAGCACUUCGCAUGGUGGUAGACAAGGGAGAUCCACGUUUGCUAUUAGAGGAUUAUGUGAAAAUAGGUGAAGGGUCUACCGGAGUGGUUUGCAUUGCUAGAGAAAAGCACAGUGGGCGUCAAGUAGCUGUUAAAAUGAUGGAUCUUAGAAAACAGCAACGUAGAGAACUACUGUUUAAUGAGGUUGUAAUCAUGAGGGACUACCAGCAUUCCAGUGUUGUGGAAAUGUACAAGAGCUAUCUUGUAGGAGAAGAACUAUGGGUCAUGAUGGAGUAUGUGCAAGGUGGUGCUCUGACAGACAUUGUGUCACAGACCAGGCUGAAUGAGGAGCAAAUUGCUACUGUCUGUAAGUCUGUGUUGCAAGCUCUUGAGUACCUUCACUCCCAGGGGGUCAUACACCGAGACAUCAAGAGUGACUCCAUCCUUCUUACACUGGAUGGACGGGUGAAGCUUUCUGACUUUGGGUUCUGUGCUCAAAUUAGCAAAGAUGUUCCUAAGAGGAAGUCAUUGGUGGGUACUCCAUAUUGGAUGGCACCAGAGGUCAUAUUGAGGACUGCAUAUGGCACAGAGGUGGAUAUCUGGUCUUUGGGAAUCAUGGUAAUCGAGAUGGUUGAUGGCGAACCUCCCUAUUUCAGUGACUCUCCUGUGCAGGCCAUGAAAAGGUUGCGGGACAGCCCACCUCCAAAAAUGAGGAACUCUCACAAAGUUUCCCCGGUUCUCAGAGAUUUCCUGGAUCGGAUGCUGACACGGGAGGCCGCAGAACGUGCCACAGCCAAGGAACUUCUAGACCACUUCUUCCUCCUUCAGGCCGGCCUGCCAGAGUGUCUGGUGCCCCUGAUCCAGCAAUACCAUAAGAGGAACUCUACCUGCUAGUCUUGGGAAGUCAAUAUUCUGCUUCAUUUUAUAAUGUAUUACACUGUCUUUGCCUUCUAAGCAAUGAAGGGACUGCUAAAAGCUGACUCCCCAGUGUGCAGAGACAGGAGAGAGACUUCCAAAGUGUAAAUGCAGCCACGUAAAUAACAAUUCUAUUGCGGAAUGAUGGUGGAAAAGCUGCUUGGACUUCCGAGACUGGAGAACACAAGUCCCCCCCUCCGUUCAACAGGGUUAAAUGUGAUUGUUUACAAUUGUUACUAACCAUUUCACUGCUGGAAUGGGCAAACUUUAUUGCUGACAGAAAAUGGUAAAGCAUUUAUUUUUACACUGGAAACAAGAGACAUACAAUGGACGAGAGCAGAGGCACCUUAUUUUCUUAUACCCAAACACAGCAUCUGGCUGCUAUUGUACUGCCGCACUUCCUCAGAUAACCAGCAGAGGGGGAUGGUUACACAGACAUAAACACUAUAUGACAAUCAGUAAUAACACCUUUGGGAUGUGCAGUGUGCUGUUUACUUCAGCAUUUUUAGACAAUCCAAAAUAAGAUCAAGCUGAGCUAAUAGCUGUUGACAGACUUUUAUACAAGAGCAACAAAUAUGUUGGCUGCAAACAUUUUCCAUUGAAAAGCCACAUUUGAUUCCAUUUAAUAACUAUGGUGACAGCUGUCAAUUCAUAAGAGUCUAGUUUUAAAAGAGAUUUUCUUCAUAUUUAUAGCAUUAAACAGCAAACUGAACAACACAAAUAAUGUGUAGCUGUGAAGACACAUCUCUGACAGUGGGCUGAUUCAUCAAGCUGCUUAAGCAUUUUAGGUAUGCAAAAGUAGCCCCUCGAGCAAUAAUAAAUGAUUAAAAACUGCUUGAGAGGCAACUCCGUAGCUUGAUGAAUCAAAGCCAGUAACCAUUAUCCGAUUUGUGACACAUAUAACACAAUAUGAAUCUGUUGCACUUUUCCUUAUGAUGUCUGCUCCUAUUGUGGAGCUGUUAUGUGUGUGGUCUGUUUUGGUAAACAUCCAUGUGGCAUUUAAGAUUUAGAAGUAGACAAAUGUAUUCAAGUCUGUGGUGGUCCAGUGCACUGGUAUUUCACACUUUAAUACUUGAAAACAUUGUACAAAGUUGAGUUUUUUUUUAAAUGUUCCACAUGUUUAGGCUUAUCUAAUAAAGCAGAACCAGUAUGCAGCCACUCAUAACCACA